UGUUUAUUUAUUCCAACAGUUUACAUAAUACAUGUCAGAAUAUUAAUUCAUAUAUAUAUUAGGCCUCUCAAUGCAUUAAAAUUAAAUUAAAAAUAAUUAAUCACAAAUUUUGAAAUUCAUUAAUCGUGAUUUACUUAUUAAAUCUUGUAAGUAACAAGUAAUCACUUUGGAAAGCGUGUAUUUAAGACAUUGUCGUUGAAUUGUAUUUUAAACACAAACCAUGUGACCAUGCUGGAGGUGGAACAUGUUGAACUUUGACUCUUCCUGCUGUCUUCGUGCAUUUUGCUCUCCAUCAUGUGACGUAUUUGAAGUGCCAACUAUUUAGCCAGAACUUUGUUUAAACCACUGGUUUAGGGACACAGUCGUGAUCCUCUUCAGGGUGGAUGUUGAGAUGGAAGUAGCCUAGCAGCUAGCUUAACCUAGCAGCUAGCUUAGCCUAGAAACUAGCUAAACCUAGAAGCUAGCUUAGCCUAGAAGCUAGCUUAGCCUUCUGUUUGACACGUGAAGGAAUUCCUCUGCACAGUUUUCUGCUGUAUUUCACUCUGUUUGACUUCCAAUGAAAAAGCUUUUUCAUCUUCAUCCAACAGACAACAGCUAGCGGCGGUUUUCUUUCCGGGGUCAAUGCACACUGGAAGUAAACAAAGUUGCGUCAACUAGGCUAAAAUUAUUUAUUGCACCAACCUGGGUCACAUUAAUUGUUAAUUUUGUAACCCAUAUACAUAUAUAAUAUAUAUGUAUUAUUAUUUAAAACACUGUAAACAUUUCAAUUAAAAUGAAUCAAAUAUGAGUCUUUUUUUUUUAAACGAAAGUUAGUGAAGUACAGUAGAAGUGUAGGUACAAGUACUACAAAUGCAGGUUAAAGUACAGGCAGUCCUCUAGAUGGUUUACAUCCGAUCUAUUGAUCAGGUCUCUAGUCCUUGACGUGGUUCCUGGGGCGGAGGGGGGCAGGGGGGGUCAAUGGGUUCUAUUGUCCUACUCGUAGACACUGAUCCGGUCAUGAGACUCUGUUUGCUCCUCCUGAAGCAUGUGAGACGGAGGGAGAAGAGGAAGAGAAGAUGGUGGACUGGUGUCGCUGGGUGAGGGAGACCCGGCGGUGGGUGAAGAGUUGCAGCUGUAGCGAGGUAGUGGAUGAUGAAGAGGAGAGAGGAAGGAGGGGGGAAGAAAAAGAUGAAGAAGACAAGGUGAAGAUGGAGGAGCUCAGCUUGAGAAGGAGCAGGAGUUCAACCUCCCUCCCUCCUUCUGAGCUGGAUCCGGUCCGGUCUUGCCCCCCCCACUCUGGGGCUCAGCCCCACUGGUUCCACACCCUGCAGGUCCGGCGGCCCUCGAGGCGAGGACGCAGCAACAGUGACCCGCUGGGGGGGCAGAGCCUCCAGGACGAGUUCACGUGGAAACCAGGUCUUCAGUUUGGAGCUGCUCAUUCUUACCUGAGUCUGGAGAAGCUGGGAGAAGGAGCGUACGCCUCUGUGUACAAAGGCAUCAGCCGGAUCAACGGGCAGCUGGUAGCUCUGAAGGAGAUUCGUAUGAAGACGGAGGAGGGGGUUCCAUUCACCGCCAUCAGGGAGGCGUCUCUCCUCAAAGCUCUUAAACACGCUAACAUCGUUGUCCUACACGACAUCGUCCACACUAGAGAGACUCUGACUCUGGUCUUUGAAUACGUGCAGACAGACCUGGCACAGUACCUGAGCCAGCACCCUGGAGGACUUCACUCCUACAAUAUUCGGCUCUUCAUGUUCCAGCUCCUCCGAGCUCUCUGCUUCAUCCACAGCCGGAGGAUCCUCCACCGAGACCUGAAGCCUCACAACCUGCUCAUUAGCUACCUGGGAGAACUCAAAAUGGCUGACUUUGGUCUGGCUCGGUCUAAGUCCGUCCCCUGUCAGACCUUCUCCUCUGAUGUGGUGACGCUGUGGUACCGCCCCCCCGACGUCCUGCUGGGGUCCACAGAUUACUCUACUGCUCUGGACAUCUGGGCAGCGGGAUGUAUCUUCGUUGAGAUGCUACAGGGGGCGCCGGCGUUCCCGGGAAUGACCAAUGAGUUUGAGCAGUUACAAAAGAUCUGGACGGUGCUGGGCGUUCCGUCUGAGAAAAGUUGGCCUGGAGUCAGCCAGUUUCCCAACUAUAAACUGGAUCGAUUUAUUUCCUCUGAGGCAAAGCCGUUGAGAAACGUUUGGAAAAGGUUGACCCAGCUCCCCUAUAAGACCGAGGAUCUGGUACAGAGGAUGUUGAAGGUUCUCCCUACAGACCGGAUCUCUGCGCAGGAUUCCCUGCAGCACCUUUACUUCAACACGCUACCUUCCCCCAUCAUGCACCUGAGAGAUACGGUUUCCAUUUUCAAAGUGCCUGGCGUUCAAUUGGAGCCAGAAGUGAGAGAUGUUUCCAACACCAGACAGAAGGUCAAACCGUUGCUGCUGCCCCAUGUCAGGUUCUGGUGAACACACAAACACACCACUGAUGGGAUGGACCUAGUGAAUCCAACGUCCAACAACCUUAUGGGGAAAACAAGACCUUAUCUUAACCUGAGAAGAAAAACUGAGGGAACCAAGAACCCUGUUAUCAACCUGAAACAAAAUAAGAGGAACCAAAACUUCUAUCAACCUGUACGAGACAAACUGGGGGGAAACAAAAACCUCAUCUACUCAUUUGAGGGAUAUACUGAGAGAACAAAUAUUCCUCCAUGAUAUUCAUGAAUACUUCUCCCGUUAGCAUUUGUUAGCAUUGGUUAGCAUCAUUGAUUUAUUCAUGAGCGUUCCCCUGGUGAACCUUCAUGAAUAAUUACUGAAUCUUAUUGUUGACAAGCUGCCAAAUAAAAUAAUCUUUGUCAUGCUAAUGUU